GUGCUCCGAACAGCUCCGCCGAGAGCUACCACUAUUUUCCUGGAUUUCACUCGGUGUACGUCGUUUCGGUUUAAUCGCUUCGCGCUACGUAAGGAUCGAUCGAACACCAGUACGCAACACACCGAGAGGACCGUGGCCGUCGACACACGUUCGCUGCGUUCCCGCAACACACGGUUUACACGAACCCCUUUUUUUUGUGAUCUGUGAGAAUACAUCUGUGGUUUCGUGCAGUGAUUCGCCAAAUAAGUGCAAAACCAAAUGGUUGUCCUUGAGGAAGGCGGUAUGCUGACUACUGGACAUAAUCAGUACCUACAACCGGAUUACCUUUCUCCGCUUCCAACCACGUUGGAUGCGAAGAAAAGUCCCUUAGCUUUAUUGGCGCAGACAUGCAGUCAAAUCGGGGCUGAUUCACCGACGAAGCCGUUGAUCUCUCCGCUGGAUAAAACCCCGAAGGGCAUGAGCGCCGGGACAAAUGCGAAAUCGCCGCCGGCUGCGAAAUUGGAACGGAAUACCCGCAGCAGCCCGUCGGAUGGGAAGUCGCUGGCUUUCAAGCCGUACGAGACGAACGUCGUGUCGAAGAAAUCGACCGACGAGGGCAGGCCGGCGUCCAAGGCCAGUGUUCACAGUGUUAGUGGUCAGGAUAGUGUGAGUGUGUGUGACAACGGGCACUCCGAGAAAAAGUCGUCCGGCAAUCGCACCCCCGUCGGACGGAAGUCCGUGUCGCCGGCGAGCCAAGCGACGGCGACCACGACCAGCACACCGUCGGCCGACAGGAAAACGCCGGCGGACCGCGAGAAGACCGACGGAUCGCCGCGGAACAACAGCGGAACCAGCCCGAUCAUCAGAUCCGGAAUGGAGAUUCUAUCCGGCGCUCACGCGAAGGACUCGAACUUGGCCGCGUACAAGACCAGCCUGCCCGGAUUUUCCGGCAAUCCGCUUUGCUGUCCGCCCGGUCUCGCAGAGAACCCGGCGUUCAGACCGCCGUUCGCCGGCGCGUCUCCGUUCUCGCAUCACCAUGCCGCCGCGGCCGCUCUUUUGGGCUAUCCGUCGGCCACGCCGACGGGCGGCAAUCCGUAUUUGAGCUACGCUCGCGUCAAGACUCCGGCCGGCGGCGAGGCGCUGGUGCCGGUUUGCAAGGACCCUUACUGCACCGGCUGCCAGUACAGUAUGCACAGCGCACAGCUAAUGAUGGGCACCGGUACCUGCCCCAGCGGAUGCACGCAGUGCGAUCAUCAAAAGUACGGGCUGGCGAUGGCGUUGUCGUCGCUGGGCCCCAUGGCACCGCCGUCCCUGUCGUAUCCAUCCACCUUGACCGGCGGCAGGCCGUACGUCUGCAAUUGGAUCGCCGGCGACUCCUAUUGCGGAAAGAGAUUCACCACCUCCGAGGAGCUUCUGCAACAUCUCCGCAGCCACACCAGCCUGACCGGCGGCGACCACGCUUCCUCCGCCGCGCUUCUCAGCAAUCCGCAUCCGCAUCCCCUGCUCUCGCCAUCCGCGGCACUCCAUCGCGCGAGCGGCGGCUCCUAUCCGACGCCAUCUUUGAGCCCGCUCAGCGCUAGAUACCAUCCGUACGGGAAGCCGCCGACGGGACCUUUGCCAGCGUCGCUCGCCGCGUCGCCUUACAGCGCUUUCAACGCGUUAGGACCCUAUUACUCGCCGUACGCGAUCUACGGGCAGCGGAUCGGUGCCGCUGUACAUCCAUAAAGAGGAUACCUCGGUGUUUUUGAAACGAACAAUGUGUACAGCCCACGGUAUAGUGUAUAAUAGAAGAGAGAGAGAGAGACACCCUUCGAGAAAACUGCGACGCGGUCAGACUGUUGUGUAAAUAAUGAAACGUGUGUAAUAUAAAUUUAUUUAAAAAAAUAUAUAUAUAUAAAUAUAUAUAAAUAUAUAUCUAUACAUAUGUGUGUAUAAAUUCAGAAUUAUGAUUAAAAUUUAUAAAGAUAUAUCUCGACAGUUUGUUUCAUCGCGAAAACUUAUUCUUUACAGAAAUCCUAUAUUAUCGAACGUGUAUCUCACAACAUUUGAUUAUUACUCUAGGGAAGAACAUGUACACCGCAGAGAUAAAAGAACAUUUCCGGCUGGUUUCGAACGAUAGAAAUAUUUUUUGACGCGGCAUGCAUCAUCAUCGUCAUCGUCAUCAUCGUCAUCAUCAUCGUGUGUAAACGUUUCUCGCGCGGUCGUGAAAAAGGAAGUUGACUCGCUCCGUGGAAAAUCGUCUGUGCUCCUUUUCGUUUUCUCGGGCUGCUCGAUACCGCGUUUUCCAAUUGUGUUUCAUCAAGUGAUGCGUCCAUGCUAUUUUCGAAACGGCAACGAUCGCGUUCUCGGAAGAGAAUCGCGCGCGAUAUCGUUUGUGUAACCGCGUCCUCUCCACACCCGGUAUAUGCCAAUUGCGUUCGCGAGCGCGUACCCGACGGUUGUGCAUGUUCUAUGUCCAUGAUAUAACUGUGAUAUUACGCUAUUUUUUCGAUGAAAGAAUAAGGAAUAAUAUUAACAAUGGUAUCUAAACCUAUCUCUGCGGCAAAAUAUUAACGUCUAACUUAUUCGCAUCGUUUGUAUAACGGAGAGGGAGCAGGAGAUAGAAAUCUGUUCGAACGCGGGCGAAACAAAAAAAAAAAAGAAGUGCGCAGAUCGAUUCUCGGAUUUUUGGAAAUACGAUCGUUGCGAACGGAAUAUCUCAGCAUUUUCAAAAUUCGUUCAGGUGCUCGUCGGAUUACAUUGUGUCUACCAUGUAAAGUAUUCUGAUGGAAGGAACCGUAAUGUACGAUACAUAUUAUUUGCACUGUAAAUAUCUCUUGUAAAUAUCGUUGAGUUUCCAUACCGCUUUAAUAAAAACAAUGUUUGUGGAAUCAUUAAA